UAUGUUUCUAAGACUGCAGGGUGGGAGAUGCAACAAUGGCCUUGAGAACAGCAGGAAGUGUGUUGGUGGUCUUUCUCUGGUCUGUAGCAGUUGUACUGGGUCAGGAUGGCUGGAGUGUGAAAUACACCACUCAGAGUAUCUGUGUCUUGAAGGGGUCAACAGUGGAUCUGACCUGCUCUUUCAGAUAUCCCAGAGGUAAAGUCACAUCAACCUUCUGGUUCACUAAAUGGGGGACUAGUGUAGAACCUAAAGAUCUAGGUCAGGACCCAGAGUAUGCAGGUCAUCUGGAGUAUCAUGGAGAUAAGAAGAAAGACUGUACCAUGAGAAUCACAGACCUGAGAGAGAGAGACUCAGCUGAGUACAAGUUCAGAUUACUAACAGAUCAGGAAGGAGGGAAAUAUUCUGGAAGUCCUGGAGUCACUUUGUCUGUCACAGGUAUAGUAAAGGUGUUUUUAUGUUCAAUUACAAUUAGUUCUGACAGUUGUUGUGGUGUUGUGGGUGAGAGCUGUAUGAAUGUGACUUACACCCAUCAGAGUAUCUGUGCUUUGAAAGGGUCAACAGUGGACAUAUCCUGCUUUUACACAGAUCCCAGUUGGCAUAACGUCACAGAAGUGUCCUGGUUCAACAAAUGGGAGUCUGGUGUCACUAAAGACCUGAGCCUGAACCCAGAGUAUGCAGAUAGUGUGAAAUACCAUCGACAAUCAGAAAAGGACUCCACCCUGAGAAUCACAGACCUGAGAGAAAGUGACUCAACUGAGUACAAGUUCAGAUUUACAACUGAUAAGGCAAGAUGGGGGUACAGCUUCCCUGGAACAACUCUGACUGUCACAGGUUCUCAGGUGGAGGUGACUCCUAAAUGGAGUUCAGAGUCGAAGACACUGUCCUGUAUCACCACAUGUACUCUGAGUAACCCCAACCCCAUCUAUAUCUGGUACAGGAACGGACAAAAUCUAGAUGAGAGCAACUCCCCCCAGUACAAAGACCCAGUCUCCAGUAACUAUGACGAUAGUUACUCCUCUGCUGUAAAAGGUCAUGAGGAUCUCCUCUCUCCUGCAGUGACUCCUGCUGCAGAGGGACAGAAGACACUGACCUAUGCUCCAAAGAACACCUCAGUGUCAGUCAGUCCCUCUGGUGAAAUAGUGGAGGGCAGUUCAGUGAAUCUGACCUGCAGCAGUGAUGCCAACCCACCUGUGGAUAAAUACACCUGGUACAAGAAGAACGUAACCUCACCAAAAGCAUCAGGACAGAGUUACAGCAUCACUAACAUCAUCUCUGAGGACAGAGGAGAAUAUUACUGUGAGGCCCAGAAUGGAAGAGGAUCUAUGAACUCUACAGCUCUGAUGAUCAUUGUAGCAGGGAAACAAACCUCAGUUCUGACUGCAGCUGUAGGAAUCAUAGUGGUUGUUCUGGUUGUCAUCCUCUGUCUCUCUGGACUCAUGUGGUUCAGGAAGACGGCCUCCAAACCCACCAACACAAGAGACACAGCAGACGUUGGACAGGGAGACUCUAGUCCAGUGUAUGACAACAUCUCAAACAUGGCCAUGAACUCUACUGCAACACAGACAGCUGACACAGAAAACCAGGAGGAUGUUCACUACGCCAGCGUCUACUUCUCUGGCUCCAAAAACCAGGAAGUGCUUCUGUACUCCACCGUCCAAGUGUCUCAGCCCCAGAAAGAGGAUGAGGAUGUCCAGUACGCUGCUCUGAAUUUCAACCUCCCCAGUGCUGCCACCCGGUGA